UUGAAGUGAAGACGACCCGUCGCUUAAAGGAAGGGUGACCCGAGGAUAAAAGUAUGAAGACGACCCGUGGGUAAAUAUGAAGACCACCCGUGGAUAAAUGUGAAAACGACCCUUGAAAAAGAAGCAGACGACCCUAGAAGAGUGCAGACAUGUGGGUAGAUUGUGCACACAACAUACCAUGACCAACGAUGAUUGUGGGUAAACGUGCCUUCUCCGGAAAUAUAAGCGCUUUGUUAUAAAGAACACGGACACAUUGUAGUUAUUAAUUCCGUGCAUACUGUAUGUAUAUCUGCACUGUGGAGUAUUGUAAGCCCGCGGGAUUCCCACUAGGCGGUAACUGCUGCCUGGGGAAGUAACACCACGGAGAUGAGCUGAACUCAAACAAUAGAUGUCAUUAUGGUGGUGGUCUUGGAAACCUUUCUAAUCAGAGUUUGUGUAUCUUUGUAUCAAACUGAUUCUGCUUUCCGGGAAAUGACCUAAAAGUGCCUUAGCUUCCGGAUUGAAAUCUCAGAUUGUGCCUUGAAAAAUAUACAUUCGGAUACCUGUGUUGGAACUACAGUGAUAUCUACGAAUAUACCAUAAGUGCCGGAUGUAAAGUAUCCGAAGACAAAUAGUUGAAAUCUUAAUAAGUCGAUCCAAAAAACGCCUUGGGUUUUAAGAAGAUUCUGCUCAAGACUACGUCAGGCGUACUUGUAGACCUUGUCGUCUCAAGAGGAAUGUAUCUUAUUUAGCGUCAUCUUGUUGCUUCAUGAUGGCGGUAGAGAAAAACGGGAGGAGGGACAGUCUGAGACGGGUGACCGGCUGGUCAGCCUCCAUUGUCUUCAUGGCCAUGGAGGUGAAUAUCAUGCUGGACCUGGCGGAGAUGCUGUCACUCCGGGACUCCCUGAACAAACCGAAGAAGGACGAAGAAGGUCUUGACAUCCGGGAAGUAAGCUCUCCGGACGAGGAAGACAGUAUGCAAAACACACCCAACGACACUUCAGUACCCGUACCAGCCGGACCCCCUCUGGAAGGGAAGGACAUGGACCAAUAUGAGGGGGGGACAUAGUCCCGAGGAGGGGCAUGACCCCACCCUGCCAACGUACAAGGAGGCCGUUGGGGACGACAUCCCACCCCCGGAGAAGUCGUUACAACCGGAUGGUGAUAAGAAGAUGGAGUAUGACCCUGAGAGCGGCGAGCCUCGGGAAACGUGGGGAAAAAAGAUGGAUUUUUUAUUGUCAAUUAUCGGCUAUGCUGUCGACUUGGCCAAUGUUUGGAGAUUUCCUUACCUGUGCUAUAAAAACGGAGGGGGAGCGUUCCUGGCCCCAUAUUUCUCGGUCCUGCUUCUGGGAGCUAUGCCGGUGUUUCUCAUGGAGAUGUGUAUGGGUCAGUUCAACAGACAAGGGCCUAUUACUGUGUGGAAAAUAUCGCCCAUGUUUAAAGGUAUAGGUUUUGCCUCCUGUUUCAUGGCCUACAUCGUUGCCUUCUACUACAACAUCAUCAUCGGCUGGAGCUUCUUCUACCUGUUCUCCUCCUUCACGUGGACGCUGCCCUGGACGACCUGCAACAACGCCUGGAACAGCCGCGACUGCUGGGAAGUCGAGUGGGCCAAUAACGAAACCCACAACAACAGGACCUACAACGAUAACACAUCCGUCUCGUCCACCAUGGAGUUCUUUGAACGGGGUGUACUGAACCUUCACAAGAGUUCCGGUAUAGAUGACCUCGGUCCAGUGAGAUGGCAGCUGGCACUGUGUACUCUACUGACCUUCACCCUCCUUUACUUCUGUCUCUGGAAGGGAGUGAAAAGUACAGGCAAGGUGGUGUGGGUCACAGCAACCAUGCCUUACAUAAUCAUGGCUAUCUUACUGGUCAGAGGAUCUCUCCUCCCCGGAGCCAAGGAGGGCAUCACCUACUUCAUCACCCCCAACCUCAGUCGCCUUGGGGACCCACAGGUGUGGAUUGACGCUGCAGUGCAGAUAUUUUUCUCUGUGGGAGCCGGGUUCGGAACACACAUCGCCUACUCCAGUUACAACAAAUUUAACAACAACUGUUAUCGCGACUGUCUGAUCACAGUGGCCGUCAACAGCUUCACCAGCCUCUUCUCCGGCUUUGUCAUCUUCUCCUACCUCGGCUACAUGUCCUUGAGGACUCAGAAGGACAUCUCCGAGGUGGCCACUGAAGGUCCCGGCCUCGUGUUCAUCGUCUACCCGGAGGCUAUAGCCACACUGACGGGGUCCACCGGGUGGGCCAUCAUCUUCUUCUUCAUGCUGCUUACUCUCGGCGUGGACAGUGCGUUCGGGGGUCUGGAGUCUCCCCUCACGGGACUGAGGGACGAGUUGCGUCAUCUAAUCAAGUACAAGUACUUCCGGGAGCUCCUGACCCUGGGCGUGGUGGGGUCAGCCUUCAUGUUCGCACUGCCCUGCUUAACGGAGGGGAGAAUGUAUGUGUUCACGAUGCUGGAUCGCUUCGCGGCCGGGACGUCUAUUGUGUUCACCGUACUGUGCCAGGUGAUAGCCGUCUCUUGGUUCUACGGCAUGAAGCAGUUCUGUGACGACAUAGAGUCAAUGACAGGGAGCAGGCCAAACCUGUACUGGAGAAUCUGCUGGAAGUUUAUCAGCCCAGUUCUACUCCUUAUAAUAGUGAUAUCGAGUUUCGCCUCCUACACACCCCUGGAGUACAUGACAGCCACCGGCCGCUACGUGUACCCGGAAUACGCUAACGUCAUCGGGUGGUUGAUAGCCCUGUCCUCCAUGUGCAUGAUACCCGGCUAUGCCAUCUAUAAGCUGGCCAUUACCAAGGGAACACUGAAGGAGCGGUUUGCCCUGUGUAUAUCGCCUGAAAGCGAACAUGAGCAAAUACGUCAGAAAAAGCAAGUCAAGCGGUUCCAGAAGGAACACUGGCUGUCCGUAUGAAGACGGGGACUUCACUCGAGACGGCAUUCUUCAGGAGGGACCACAUGACAGUGAUAGUAACUAUAGAAGAGUACCUGCCCGCUGCAGGGAAAAGUACUGUGUCGCUCAUGAACGUGCCAUUUAACUUGGGAAUCGUAAAACCAAGGCGAUGGGCGACGCACCACGUAUACAAGUCUUUGGGGCACUAGGAGAUCUGACAGGCCAGAUGUGGACUACAGCCGUGGACUAGAAUCCUAGAUGAAUAUUACUACGUGAAUAUAGUCUAGUCUGUUGGAUGGUAGCAAAUCUAUUGAAUAGAAGUUAAGAUGAAACCAUACCAUAAUUUGUUGUGACGUAUUUCCCCUCCUUCAACAGUUUACAUCCAUUUGGCUCGCCUCGGCCGUUGUUACUUCAGACGACACCCAUAUUUGUACUGGAGUCACUAGUUUCAUUCGUUCGCGUGACUAUACAAUCAGUCGGCAGUUGUAGCCCUUAUAUAUAUGACAAUAAUAUCAUGUAUUAACCUAAAUAACGUUCGUAUUGCACGGACUAUAUGCGGAGGGAUACGAUAUACGAUUUGGACUGAAAGCAAUGCAAUGCUAUUCCAUUGCUGCCGGUGUUACGUCAGUAACGGAAUAAGCCGAGAGCACCCGAGUAGCCUAUUAAAUGUAAUGUGUUCGGACACAACCCUAUCGGAGCAACAUAAUGCAGUGAAAAUGUGGAACAACAUAGUGAAUACCUAACAAUACGUAUUCGUAGUCCUGGGUUUAGAGGAUACUAUCUUCAAAGACUCAUUAGACCGUGGAGUCAGUAUCUUUCCCUGAGUUGUGAUUCGGGUAACUGAACAAUGUCCUGCAUCCCAUGGCCCAGUAACCCUACAGUGUUGUGAUGUCUUGGUGUGAACUGGUGUAGAUGAUGACGUGCAUGUAAACGGCUGAACAGUAUUCCAUUGGAUAUGCGUAUCUCUGAGGUAAAGACAUCAAGAGAGUUUUCAGAUAUAAUGAAGUUGGAGUUGAUAUGAAUCCAUAUGAAUUAACGUAAAUAACGUUCAUGAGUUAACUUGAGAAUAACCGCCGGUAUAUGUGAUUAGAGUAGGGCAUUAACAACAUUUAUCUUACCUUACACAUAAAUGUUCCCCGCUUGCAGCAUUUUCUGCUACCCGCUGGGAAUGCCGAACUGUGGGAAUUCCUUUGGUACUUCGUAUUAGUAAUUCUUUAUCUCGAAGAACUGAGUCACGUAUGAUGUACGGAAAUUACCGAUGUUUUGCGAAUGCAAAUCGAUGGAAGGGAGAUAAUUUGUUUUUCUUGUCUGCUGGAUUCUGUGUCAACUGAAAAUCUAGUAUUGACUAAUUGCCUAACUCUGAUACUCCCUUUUAUGAUCCGAUACCCGUGCUUCAAAGAGUUCAAAAUAAACACUGAGGUGUUCGGAAAGAUAAAUACGUUGUGGUCCCUCGGGGCCCAUGGGUUGAUGUACCCUUGUCCCCCUCGUGACCAGUGAACAACUUAUAAUGCUAACUUGAGACUCAAAGUAUGGUAUAUGUGAUUUGUGUAAGGUAUCAACAACAUAUGUUAACUUAAGAAUCAUGGCUGUUAUGUGUGAUUAGAGUGAGGAAUAACUCGGGUUUGACAUCAAAUUGAUAUGAUUUAUGUAAGAGACUUCCACGUGAUUUACUGUGGGUUUCCACGAAUUGUGUAAAGUGUGUUUUGCAUAGGUGUAACCUUAUGGUGUAAUCCUCCUAGUGUUAUUACAUAUAGCAAAAUGAUAUUGAUAUUUAACAGUAUUGAGAUAAACAGUAUACAACAUUCAAGAACAGAUUCGUGUUUAAUAAACAGGGAGAUAAAUGCCCUCAGUGUAACUGGCAAUGUCUUGUUUGGUGGAGUAAGAGUUCUCCGGGAGAAGCAGCAACGUUCACGAAUUAUCAGUAAUAUCUGCCUAGUAUUACCUGAAAUAACAUAAUUAAUAACAUAAUGAAUAAGCUGGGUAGAUAAACAAAAGCUUGCAUUAAUUCAAAGUGACGAAUCUGGCCAAAUGUUGGGAUGAUCUUGCAGGUUUCACAUCGUUAUCUUAACCUACUGAUAUUAACAGUCAUAUUGAAUAACCCUUAUUGUCAAAAACAGGAACUUACAUUGUGAUAUUGUUACACUUCAUUUCACAGAAAAUGUUGUUGUGAACGAGUAUAAUAAGUAGAGAACCGUGUAGAUUUGAAUACCUUUCAUAAUUAUAUGUACGUUUGUAAUUUUCAUACAUUUGACCAAAAUGUUUACACUUGGUGUUUCAAUGACUUUUCAUUGGAUUAUUACAGUAUUAGUAGAGUGUUUGUGUCUUGAGAUUUAUGAUGUGCAAAUGUUAUAUCUCCACCACUAAAAUCAUUAUUUAACAUAAAAUAAAAUUGGGAAUAUUUCAAAUUCAUCCAGCGUUAAUUUUCUGACUAAUAUGACAUUUAUUAUGAUAUAGAAAACAAAAUCUCGUUCAUGACAUUCUGCAUUGUUCAGAGGCACUCUUGCUUGUCUGCAUCUGCCAUAUAUUCUUGGACCAACUUUUAGUGGUCGUUGUGGUAUUUUAGAGUGGAAUCAAUGAUCAGAGUCACAUAUAGGUAUUUCUAACUUACACUGAAGUUCGGGUUUUAUGAAAAUUAAUGGGUGGUGCUUGAUAUUUUCAGGUGUAAAUAAUCGUAGAUGUAGAAUACAAUUUAGUAAAUGUUGUACAAUUCUCGUUGUUUCAGUUUGAGUCUAUUGAGAACUUGAUUUGACUGUAGGACUUUGAGGUAACGUAUCAUUGUUUAGGACGAGGGUGGUGUGGGUGACUUUUCUUUUCAGGGAGGUUCAGUUAUCAGCUGAAUACCAUGACAUGUACUCUUAGAAUUUAGCUGCCUGUACAGUCUAGGACAGAAUAACAUUGCCCGAUUGUGUUGUUUGGAGAGACGGUCGUGUUGGUACAAUGUGAUGUGUGGGUAUUUUGUAUAGUAGUUGAUAAUAAAUACGAAAGUAGUGAA